AUGAGAGCAAAACAAGAUCCACAAUUUUGCGAAUAUCUACUUCGAGAAGGAAACGAAACAGAACCACAAAUCUCUAAUGGAAAAAUCAAAAUUCCUCCACCAAUGUUUCUUCCUUCCUUAUCAAGUUCAAAUUCACUUAAACAAUUGAUGAACAAUGCUAUCUUAACUCCCAAAAAUGAAAGUGUUUAUCACAUCAACCAAUUGCUCAUCGAAAGAUUUCCUGGUGCUCAAGAACAAUAUAUGAGUAUUGAUGAAACAAUUAAAACAAGCCAACAAGGUCAAUAUAAAGAUUUCUUACAUUCUCUCAAUCCAAUUGGCUUGCCUCCUCAUAAACUUUUGUUAAAACUAAACUGCCCAAUUCUGAUGUUGAGAAAUAUAGAUGCCUCAAAAGGAUUAUGUAAUGGAAAAAGACUCAUCUAUCAUAAAUUUGAAAUACAUCUCAUUGUUGUUGAAAUUGCUGUUGGUGAUUAUAAGGGAAAUAUUGUUUUCUUGCCUCGAAUCCCUUUACAACAUUCAGAUCAAAAUAUGUAUCAUAUUCAGUUUACUAGGCAUCAAUUUCCAAUAAGGCUUUGUUUUGCAAUGGCAAUUAACAAAUCACAAGGCCAAACUUUUGAAACUGUAGGUAUAUAUUUGCCGCAACUAGUUUUCUCUCGUGGUCAACUUUAUGUUGCUUUGUCUCGUGCUACAACUUCAACUAAACUUCGAAUCCUAAUUGAACCACAUGAUUCUGAUAGUGAUGGAACUGAUUCCACAGCAAAUAUUGUUUUUCAUGAACUCUUAUCUUUGGCACAAUGCGCAUGA